UGAGGAAGCCGCAUGCAGUAAAGUAAUUACUAACAGUAGCCGAGGUACCUAAAAGUCUUCGUGAAUUUCCUUAAUUUCUAUAGAAGAUAUGUAUUCUCUCCACAGACCGUAAACAUCCUAAGGCAUCGAAAAUAAACAACACCAAGUGAGAACGAGGGGGGGAACAUAACCACGCAGGCUAUUUAUUAAGUGCACAGCUAGGUAACGUCCUGAUGUCGUUGAGUCGCUAAAACUCCUUGAGCUACCCAAGGCCUCACAGCAACAUGCCAUUUGACAAGACUCGCUGGGAAACGUACAAGUACAUUCUGCUCGAGCUGGUGAUUAUGGCGGGGACGGUCAUGCUGGCAUAUUACUUCGAGUACACCGACACGUUCAACGUGCAUGUCCAAGGAUUUUUCUGCUAUGACAGUGCCUACACGAAGCCUUACCUCGGACCCGAGGAGUCGAGCGCUAUUCCGCCUGUCCUUCUCUACGCGGUGGUGGCAGGUGUCCCGACUCUUGUGAUAACGGUCACAGAGACGGUGCUGUUCCUGAUGCAGUACACAUCCAAAGAGCUGGACAGCCGGGAGAAGAACAUUGUGACGGGAGACUGCUGUUACCUUAACCCUCUGGUCCGCAGGACUUUCCGCUUCUUGGGUGUGUAUGCCUUCGGCCUCUUCACCACGGACAUCUUUGUGAACGCGGGUCAGGUGGUGACGGGCAACCUGGCGCCGCACUUCCUGACGGUGUGCAAGCCCAACUACACGGCCCUGGGCUGCCAGCAGGCGCUGCGCUACAUCAGCCACCAGGAGGCAUGCACGGGCAACGAGGACGACAUCCUGCGCGCCCGCAAGACCUUCCCCUCCAAAGAGGCGGCGCUCAGCGUCUACGCCGCACUUUACCUCGCCAUGUACAUCACAUGCACAGUGAAAGCCAAAGGCACCAGGUUGGCCAAGCCGGUCAUGUCCCUGGGUCUCAUGUGCCUGGCCUUCCUGACGGGCAUCAACAGGGUGGCAGAGUACCGCAACCACUGGUCGGACGUCAUCGCCGGGUUCAUCAUCGGUGUGGCCAUUGCUACCUUUCUGGUGGUGUGUGUGGUGCACAACUUCCAGGGCAAGCUGCUGCUGAGCGAGGAGCCGGCGCCGGACCCCAUGGGCAGCGCGCCUAUGAUGAGCAUGCCGCGCGUGGAGAGCCCUCUGGAGAAGUACAUCGCCUCCCAGAAUCACAUCGCCUUCGCUGAAGUCACAUGACCUUGAGUCGGCCGUAUGGCAGACCCAUUGGACCUCCACGCUCUUCACCGUCCAGUCCUCAUAGUCCUGCUGCAGCAUUGGCUUUCCUGCGCUUCUCUCUCUCUCUCUCUUUCUUUCUCUAACUAUCCCUCUCUCCAUCCUUACAGAUGGUAUGCGUGUGUAAUCCUUAGAUAUGUGUUUGUUCACAGACUGUGUUUACAAAGACGACAAAACAAAAUGAAAAAAAAAAAUGUAAGAAAAAGAAAAAUGGCUGACCGGGUCUACUCUCGGCCUCCACGUCACCUACACAUGCUGUGUGAUUAGGGUUUUUUGUGGACUUUAAACUUGGUCAUCUGUUACACCAAGAGAUGUUUAGUCCAUCAUAAAACACAGCUUCUUGUCUGCGAACAGCUCUCUUUAACGCUGAGCAAGAAAAUGUGAAUGGAUCUGAAUGGCAAAUCAGUAUUAAUCUUGCAUAUCUGUCACAUUCCUUCUGCCCCAUCCAGCUGUUUCUGUUUUCAUGUUGGACGUUGGAGUGCAUUUCAAUUUGAAAUGGAAAAAUGUUUUUAUUUUUAUGUACAUAUUGUGCUUGACUUUUUGUUUCUUAAACUGUCUAUAAAUACAGUAUAUUACAAAUGCAAAGCUUUUAAAGCUAACGGUCGUGAAUCUGAUAAAAAAAAAAGAAUCCCUUGAUGAAAUGGACGGAUGCGUGUGUGGUUUGACGAGGCAGGCACACCAAGCCUAUUGUGUGUGUGUGUGUGUGUGUGUGUGUGUAUGUGUGUGUGACAUUGAUGUGAGCUGGGCCAUUGGCUCCUGACUCCUGCUUUGGCUGAUAGAACCAAGGCACAAAGCACAGUAAACAACCACAUGCGGCACGCUCAAAGUCUCCGAGCCGGCCAAUCAGAGUGGAGACCACUGUCCUUGUGCCCCCUUGCUGUGUGUGUCCGUCUCGUGGAAGAACCAUGAAGGAUGGAUCAGCUGUACAGACAAUCACCAGCUGUCCUCUACCCCCCCCCGUCUCUUUCUGUCCCACUUUCUCUUGUCCCCCCCCCCUCUCUCUCUCUCUUUCUCUCUCUCUCUCUCUCUUUCUGUCUCUCUCUCUCCCCCAGAGGAGAAUUGGGUAUUUCCUCUUGUGUAUUUGUGCAGGUUCAGUGUGUGUUAGUGAUGCAGGGAAUCAAGGCAAGGUCUUACAAGAAGUCCCUCCUCGUUAGGCUAACAUCAGUAUAACCAAAAACAAAAGUGUGUUGUAAUGUCAUCUUGAUGACUCACAGGCCAAAAUUGAGAUUUAAUCCUUGUUGAAGAUCGCACACCGUGUCUGUAAGAGUUUUGUUUUAUUUGGAUUUUACUUGACAGGCAACAAAGUUAAAAUGGCUGUUAAACGUGUAGAUUAAGACUGAACUGGAUGUUGCGAUGUUUAACACGUCCUCCCUGUUUUUUGUGGUAUCAAAUUGACAUACCUCAGGUCAUAGGAAGGAAAACGCUAAAAAGAAUCCAUUUUAAAUCAUCAAAGACAAAUUGGUGUACCACAAUUUGUCAUUAGACGACAUUGUGAAGAUCCGUGAAAUGGUUUCUAAUUCAUAUGAAGUGGUUCAUCAGCUUUGUAUAUAGGCUAGUCCUAAAUUGCCGUGUCCAAUCAAAAAUUGAAGGGGAAAAAAAUUGGUGCAAUUUGCUGUUGUACAAAGUACAUAUAAUGAAAUCAUAGAUGUGGUCAGUUCUCUUGAAGAGCAAUAAAUCCUUUGCGAGACAAAUAUACAAAAAGAAGAAAAAACAAAGCAAAGUGAAGAAGCGUCUGAUGAGCCUCUCCUCUCCCAUGCUCCCAUUCUCUUGGUCCCUAAAUGGUAUAUUUUUGUAGUUUUUUCCCGCUGAGUGCACUUCACACUGAGGUCAUUAUCACACUCUAUUCUCAUAGGCAGCAACACUUAAGAUCCAGCUAUUGUAUCAACAGCAAACAAAACAAAACAACACAGCAAAAACAAACAACCAUCUGCAAAUCUGCUGCUUCAAGAAGUGCUUAUCAGCAAGAUUCAGAUUCGCCACAAAUGUGCAUCACGUGUAUUGCACCUCCUACAGCACUUGUAACAGUAUUAUAUUCAAAUAACUAAGACGUGUAUAGUGUAUGGAUUGCACAUAUUGAUAUUAUUUAUUUUGGAUCUCAUUGUCCAUUCACUACACUGGUGCAUUGUUGGUGUAUGUGUAUACAUAUGUGUGUGUGUGUGUGUGUGUGUGUGUGUGUGUGUGUGUGUGUGUGUGUGUGUGUGAGUUUGUGUUGCUAUGAGCCUAACAGUGUAUCACCAUCCUGUUUUUUUGUCUCAUGGAUUGCAUUGUGUUACUGUUCAGAACCGAUGAUUAUUUAUUUUUAAAUGGGUUUCUCGAUCAUAUUUAUGUAAAAAGUAUAUAUUCAUUGGCACUUAUACAUGCUUCAUCUUUCGAAUCAUUUUUAUUACAACUUGGUACAGAAAUGUUGAGUUGUGAUAUUAAAUCUGUUAGCCUUUUGAUCUUGAUUUUUUUCUAAUCUGUUAUUUCUACUUAAUUUUCUUAAUUUCCUGCUGUGGUUGUUAUUGUAGCUCUUUUAAUGGUUCUAUACUCUAUAUCUAUAUUUUUUGUAUGGGUAUUGGUUGUCUGGUUACUCCCUGUCUCCAUGUGGUGCAUUAAGUUUACUCUUUUUUUAAAAGAAAAAAAUAAAUAAAAGAACAACUUCAGUCAUCAACCCCAUGACCUUUUACACUGUAGAGGAAACUACAUUUUCAGUCUUUGAAUAAAAAACAAAACCAGAA